AAUCCCCCCCCCCCCCCAACCCCGCUUCCCCAAGGGACGGAUAGAGAGAUAUCCAGACAGAGGACAUGGAACAGCGAUUACCCACGCGCGGGGCCCUACCUCACAGUAACCGGGGUUCCACGCCAGACGAAGAGCAGAGCGAGCACUCGAGUGAGGGACGCGCUCCGACAAUGAGUCACCUGGACCUCAUCAGCCUGAGAGAGAGCUUCCACAUCCUGCCUGCGCCGACAGUGGGCGAUGAUCUCGAAGUAACGUCGACGAAGCUGGCUAAGCUGGCGAACGUGGUUCAGCAGGGAAAUAGUCUCGCGCUGUUUACGGGACUGCAGCUCGUGCCGCAGACGAAACCGCGAGACCCGGAGAGCGUGGCUAAGGCGCUGCUGACCCCGGUUGAACUGGAGCAGUACGAGGCGUGGAAGAGAAUCACCACGACUACGUCCACGACCACAGCCACAGCCACAGCUACUACCUCGACCUCAGCCCCAACGACAACCACUCCAGCUACAGCUACGGCUACGGCUACGGCUACGGCAACCAACAGCCCUGCCCAUGCCCAGCCUGGACACUCACCCAAUGUAACGAUGAAACUCCCCAUCUUCAAUUGGGAAAAGAACGUCGCGUCCGUGCCGCAGGGCGCGCAGAGCCGGAAGCGGUUUACGAAGCGGGCAGCGGCGAUGGAUGUGGUCUUUGGGCAUCAGGGCGCGACAGCCGAGAAUGCGUCGUGGCUGACGUCGAACAUGACAUACAUGUUGCCGCUUGUCAAGGCUGUGACGAAGAUCUCGAACAUCGGGGAGCAGCUCGAGAAUGCUGGGGGGGCUCACACGCGCGGACUGACGGAUAUGGAGGUCGCGGAGGUGGAAACGGUGCGCAGGCUGGUGACUAUCGCGGAGAGAAAUAGGAAUCGCGAGAUGGAGAAGAUUCACCGGCUGACUAGGUCGAUUAAUCAGUCUAUGUCGAUCUUGAAGGCUCGCGCGGAUGCGUUGGAGAGGUCGUGAUGGGAUGAUGCUGGCAGGGCGGUUGCAGCCACGUUGAGGAAUGGAUGUGAUGUGAGGGAGCGAAGACAAAGACGAGUGGGAAGGUAGGCAGGCCAAGGGGAGGGGUGAUCCCACUCCCAGCAGGAACGGAUUUGCAGCGACGAGGACCAGGGAGUACCUGUCUUUCUUUCUCGACUCUGUUCUCAUACCUCUUUACGGAGUACAGAGUAUCUUCUCGAUUGUAAUAUUGACUAACUACCACAUACCCCGAAUAUGUCUUACGAAGCGAAGCGAUGGUCAAUAGUCAUACCUAGCUAGGUGGGAGGCCGGCAAUAUACGCAUUAAUAUCGCCAGCUGAACAGUCUAUAGUAGUGUUUAAUAAAAGCAAAAC